AUGCAUAAUAUCAUUUCCUUAAACAACCCAGAGCAAAAUUGGAUUUCAAUUCCUCAGUGCUACAUGUUUGUUGAAGAAGUGCUGAGCACGGCUUCUUACUUUUUCCUCCUUUUGGAACAUUGUGGGGUAAACAGUUUUGUGAUCUCCAUGUGUAAUAAUGAAGGAUUCAGAUUCUGCAAGAAAACUUUUUCAGCGUCCAACUGAGAAGUCUCUUAACUUUGUGGAAAGAAGAUGGAGAAACCUUUGGUUUUCUUUUCUCAACUAAAUAUGUCAGAACCAAAGGAAAAAACUUUCUGCAAGGUGAUUCACGCAAUGGGGAAAGAAGCAUUAAAUAAAGAAAUAAAAAACAGAGGUAAAGAAAAGAGAAAUAGACUGAGCCUUCUUCUGCAGAAACCUGAAUUCCAUGAAGAUGUCAACCCUGGUAGAUCAGAGAACUUGGCCAAAGGUGCAAGUGUCUCCCCUGAAGAAGCAGUGAAAUGGGGUGAAUCCUUUGAUAAACUGCUUUCCCAUAAAGAUGGAUUUGAUGCUUUUACCAGGUUCCUUAAAACUGAAUUCAGUGAAGAAAACAUUGAAUUUUGGGCAGCCUGUGAGGAUUUCAAGAAAAGCCAAGAACCCCAUCAACUGUUCCAUAAAGCACAAGCAAUAUAUGAGAAGUUCAUACAGAACGAUGCUCCACAGGAGGUUAACCUUGACUUUCACACCAAAGAAAUAAUUUUUAAGAGCAUCUCCCAACCAACCAUCCAUAGUUUCGAUGCUGCCCAAAGCAGAGUGUAUCGUCUUAUGGAACAAGAUAGCUAUACACGCUUUCUGAGAUCUGACAUCUAUUUGGACUUAAUAAAUGGAAGACCCCUCAGAACAACAAAUCUUCGAAGGCGAUCACGUUCCUUUACUUUCAAUGAAUUUCCAGAUGAAAAGCCAGAUCUUGCCAUUUGGCUAUAAAAAAAAGAAAAAAACAUUCUUAAUUUUACUCAUAUAUCAUAGUAAGCUAUUCCUACUUGACUCAUACAAUGUUGACUAUUAAUAUUAAUAAAUUUAAUCAACUGUAAUUUGUCAUAUGGGUAAAUUUUAAAAACAUAAUUUAGAACACUUCUCAUAGAAAAGGGAUGCAAUAUAAUAAGUAUUGUGUUCAUAUAUACCUCCAUUUAAAAAAUUCUUUCCUUUUAAUAUAUAAUUUUCAAAAACUGGAAUUAUCUUUAAUGUAUAUAUGAAGAGUGAUUAUACAUUCAGUAGGAUCAAGAGGAGAAGAUUUGCAAAAACUUAACAAUAGUUUAUAAAAUGUAUAUUUAUACAUAAAUGCAUAUAUUCCACAUUUUAUAUUAAAUUAAUAAAAGAUAAUAUUCAUAGAAGCAAGAUGAAAUAGGAAAUAGAGGGGAUAGCCUUUAAGUAAAUAAAACCCGGGUUUAAUUCCUGCCUCAGGAUAAGAUUAGGGAUAGGGGAUAGAAACUGGACCUGUGAUGUCGCUGAUGAAGGAAACUCCUGAAUGUGUAAAUUCCCUCUACAAUGCAGGUCUGAACAUUCUCUGCUAUAAUGCUAUAAGUAGCAUUUUUUUCAAAACUUUGUGAUUAUAAUCUAUAUUCCCUUGAAUAAAUCAUAUAAACAUAUGCUUUUAUUUUAGAAAUAUUUAAUUGUCAAUGUGUGUUGCAUGGUAUUAAUGUCUAUAUUUGAAUGAUGCUAUACAAUUAAUUUUCACAUUUUCAUGUACUUGAAAUGCAGACAAAAAUUUAAAAAUUUCUGUUAAAAAUUUCUUUAUCUUUAUUGCUCAUUUUACUUUGAUUUAUUACAUUCUAGAACUAGUUAUUGUUCACUCACUAUCAAUUAAAUUUAAUAUGCAUGCAAUUAUUAUUAUUACAAAUUAUAGAACAUAUUGAGUUUUUCCAUCACUGAUUUAAAUAGUAAGUCAACCACCUGAGGCUAUUUUGUAAAGUGGCACCAUUUAUCUUUUUGCCUUUCCAAGAUACCUUCUAAAUGACAAGUUUUGUAUUUGUGGUUUUCUCCUAUUUAUUGGUCUUUUCAUUUGUAAGCCACAAUUAUUGCUCUUUAUGCACCUAGCAGAAACUUGAUGAUGGCCAGCUAUACCCUCAUUCACCUGGCAUGGAUGAAGAUCAACAACAUGCUUCUCAAAUCCUGAUCAUUCUGGUUAUGGGGUAAUAACCUUCAGAAUCUAUCAACUGUUCAUCAAUAAACACUGAGUCACCAAAGCGUCCUUGGCAAUA